AUGGCGAAAACCUCACAGAAGAUCCAAAAGAAUACGACUCCAAGCUCUAGCAAUAACAGCAACACCACCACCAGUACUACUACUACUACUAGUCCUCCGGCCACCAAGGUCAAGCGGACGCGUAAAAGCGUACGCCGCGACUCUCCGCCUCAGCGGAGCUCCAUCUACAGAGGAGUCACAAGGCAUCGAUGGACGGGUCGGUAUGAAGCUCAUUUGUGGGAUAAGAACUGCUGGAACGAGUCACAGAACAAGAAAGGAAGACAAGUCUAUUUAGGGGCAUAUGAUGAUGAAGAAGCUGCUGCACGUGCCUAUGACUUGGCAGCAUUGAAGUACUGGGGACAAGAUACAAUCCUCAAUUUGCCAGUUUCCACCUAUGAGGAAGAGCUCAAAGAAAUGGAGGGUCAAUCUAAAGAAGAAUACAUUGGAUCAUUGAGGAGGAAGAGUAGUGGAUUUUCUCGUGGCGUUUCGAAAUAUAGAGGCGUAGCAAGACACCACCAUAAUGGAAGAUGGGAGGCUCGAAUUGGAAGAGUAUUUGGUAACAAAUAUCUCUACCUUGGAACCUUUGCGACGCAGGAAGAAGCAGCUACAGCUUACGACAUGGCAGCAAUUGAGUAUCGUGGACUCAAUGCCGUAACGAACUUCGAUCUUAGUCGUUACAUCAAGUCACUCUGCCCCAAUAAUGAAGAAAUCGUUCCCAACAACACUCAACAAAACCCUAAUGCUGACCUGAGUUCGAUCGAAAACCCUGAUUCUAAAGUAGGGUUAGGGUUGAUGCCCAACAACCCGAGUCCGAGCACUAGCGAGUCAAUGGUAGCGCUUCCACGGCCGGGGAGUGGUUCGUCGGCAUCAUCUGCACUAGGGCUUCUAUUGCAAUCCCCUAAGUUCAAGGAAAUGCUCGAGAGGACGUCAGUGGCAGCUGACUGCAGCUCGUCUACUACUUCGGAGCCAAACAUGCCGCGCCGGAGUUUCCCCGAUGACAUUCAAACGUACUUUGAUUGCCAAGAUUUGAAUAGCUAUGCAGAAGGGGACGACGUUAUUUUCGGGGAGCUAAACUCAUUUGCUUCAUCUGUGUUUCAUUGUGAACUCGAUGCUUAGAUGCAUAGAGAGUAACCAAUACUUGAAAUAAGUACAGAAUUGUAUUUGAAUUUAUUCUG